GGAGUUGUAGCAACCAUGACUAGUUUAUUUAGUCAAUUGAUAGUUGGGUUGAUACUAUUGGUUUAUGCUGCAGCCGAGGAGAAAGCCUAUAAUGUUGAAUUGAACUCGUUUGAAAAAAACGAAAAAUUUGAGGACGAUGCCAAGUGGGUCGAUUGGGGAGAUCUGCGUAUGAAGAAGGUGUCAAAGAAUAAGUUCACCCUCACUGGCAGCUUUGAUUUCAAUAUGAACAUGGGCGAUGAGCAGAAGUUAUCGAUGCAAGUGUUUGCCUACGAUGAUACAACAGCGGAGAAAGGUCCAUUGGUCAUGAAUGUGAACAAACCAUUCUGUCAGUUCAUCAAUGAAGACGAGGAUACGUAUCCAUAUCUGCAGAAGAAAUCCGAUUUGCCAGAACAGGGCAAUUGUCCCUUUCCCAAGGGCCACUAUACAAUUGAUAAAUAUGAGCUGGAGACAACCUUCCUGCCCGACGAUGCACCCAAGGGUGACUAUCUUAUCGAGUUGAAUGUCCUCGAUAAGGAUAUUCCCGUUACCGGCGUUGUUGCCUCUGUCACCUUGACCUAAUGGCGAUUCGUUAAACAUAUUUUAUUUUUAUUUUUACCUUUAUAUAUUUUUAAUUUUUGUAUUCUUUGUUCUGGGUGGAUCCAAUUGACACUGCAAGCGUUUUAUAUAUUUAGUUAUUGUAUAUAUAUAUAUAUCUUCAAUCUUCAUUGCUCAAAUAUAAAAUGCAUUCGCUUUCAAAGAUCAAGAA